AUGGCAGUGGUGAGUACCUCUUUGGCUCUCCGCCUCCUGCCUCUCCUCCUCCUCCCUGUCGCCGCCAUCGCGGCCAGUGCAUCCAUCGGCUAUGGUGUCAUUGGUACCAGGAUCAAUCAAACUGGUAUCAGGUUCAAUCAGACAACAUCGCCUACAGCUGCUAGGCCCUUGCCUGCACCCCCGGCCAAGGUAACACCUACGACCCCAAGUGCUCAGCCUGCACCCCCGCCCAAGGUAAUACCUACGGCCCCGAGUGCUCUGCCUGCACCUAUUGGGACAACAAGCAUGGAAGUGAAAUCCUCCUCUGUAAGAAGAGUUGUAGCAAUUUUAGCUCCUGUAGUUGGCUUCAUUUUGCUUAGCAUCUUGUUCCUCGGCACCUAUUUUAUACGUAAACGAAGAACACAACAACAAUAUGAGAUGGAGAUGGAGGAAGAGUUUGGGGAGCUACAAGGAACACCAAUGAGGUUCACAUUUCAGCAGCUAAAAGCAGCAACCGAGCAAUUCGCAGACAAGCUCGGGGAAGGAGGAUUUGGGUCUGUUUUCAAGGGUCAAUUUGGUGAUGAAAGGAUUGCAGUAAAACGUUUGGAUCGAGCGGGUCAGGGCAAAAAAGAAUUUUCUGCAGAGGUUCAAACAAUUGGCAGCAUUCAUCAUAUUAAUUUGGUCAGAUUGAUUGGUUUUUGUGCAGAGAAAUCGCAUAGGCUCUUGGUAUAUGAGUACAUGCCAAAAGGAUCCUUGGAUAGAUGGAUCUAUCAUCAACAUGACAAUGAUUCACCUCCCCUGAAUUGGAGCACGCGGUGCAAGAUUAUCACUCACAUAGCUAAGGGUCUCGCUUAUCUUCAUGAGGAGUGCAUGAAAAAGAUUGCCCAUUUGGAUAUCAAACCACAAAACAUCCUCUUUGAUGAUGACUUCAAUGCUAAACUUUCUGAUUUUGGACUAUGCAAGCUCAUUGACAGGGAUAUGAGCCAAGUGUUUACCAGAAUGAGAGGCACACCUGGAUAUUUAGCUCCUGAAUGGUUGACAUCACAGAUCACGGAAAAGGCUGAUGUCUAUAGCUUUGGUGUUGUGGUCAUGGAAGUCAUCAACGGAAGAAAGAACCUCGACAAUUCUCGAUCCGAAGAGAGCAUCCAUCUCAUCACCCAAUUGGAGGAAAAGGUGAAGACUAAUCGGUUGGUAGAAUUAAUUGACAAUAAGAGUAACAAUAUGCUGGCACAUAAGCAGGAUGUAAUUGAGAUGAUGAAGCUCGCAAUGUGGUGUUUGCAGAUUGAUUGCAAAAGAAGGCCUAAAAUGUCCGAGGUAGUCAAGGUCUUGGAAGGUGCCAUGAAUGCAGAGAGCAACAUUGAUCAUAACUUCGUUGCAACAAGUCAAGUGUAUUUCGGCGCUGCUGGAAAUGUGGUCUCAUCGGUUCCACCUCUAGCUUCACAUGUAUCAGGUGCCAGGUGA